AUGCUUUCCGCAGCUCAGUUACUCGAUGAACUGAUGGGUCGAGAUAGAAACUUGGCUCCUAAUGAGAAGCGUUCAAACGUGCGAUGGGACGACGAGUCCGUCUGCCGACACUAUUUAUGUGGUUUCUGCCCGGCUGAGCUCUUUAUAAACACCCGCUCUGACUUGGGGCCUUGUGAGAAAAUCCACGAUGAAAAUCUUAGGAAACAAUAUGAGAAGAGCUCUCGGUUUAUGAAGGAGGGUUAUGAGCGUGAAUUCCUGCGCUAUCUACAGUCUCUCUUGGCAGAGGUGGAGCGUCGGAUUCGUAGAGGACAUGCCCGGCUUGCACUCUCUCAGGCCCAGCAGAAUGCAGGGGGGCCUGGCCCAUCAGGAAAAAACGAAGAGAAGGCUCAAGUUCUGACAGAGAAGAUUGAAGAUCUAGUUGUACAGAUUGAGGAGCUGGGAUCAGAGGGUCGUGUGGAAGAAGCUCAGGGAAUGAUGAAGCUGGUGGAGCAGCUGAAGGAGGAAAGGGAGCUUCUGAGCUCCACCCCAUCGACUAUUGAAAGCUUUGCAGCCCAGGAGAAACAGAUGGAAGUGUGUGAGGUGUGUGGGGCUUUCCUCAUUGUGGGUGAUGCACAGUCCCGUGUAGAUGACCACUUGAUGGGGAAGCAGCACAUGGGCUACGCCAAGAUCAAAUCUACUGUAGAGGAACUCAAGGAAAAACUUCAUCGCCGUCCAGAGGACCCCCCAGGUGAAAACCCAGUGGUUAGGAGGGACAGAGAAGAGCGUGAGAGGGAAGAAAGAGAGAAAAGGCGCAAAGAGGAGGAAGAAAAGGAGAAGGAACGGGAGAAAGAACGAGAGAAGGAGAGGGAGCGUGAGAGAGAAAGGGAUAGGGAGCGUGAGAGAGAGAGGGAUAGGAGAGCACGGAGAAGCCACUCUAACAGCCGACACUCCAGUCGAACAUCGGACAGGAAAAGGAGCCGGUCCCGUGAACGCCGGAGGUCCAGGAGCCGGGAUAAGGACAGGGAGAGGGAACGCAAACGGAGCAGGAGCCGGGAUAGGGAGAGGAGACGUAGUCGUGAGCGUUCUGACAAAAAACGCCGCUCCCGCAGUCGCGAGAAGAGGAGAUCCCGCAGCUCAGAGCGCAAAUCCCACCGUCACCGCAGCCGCGACAGGGAUAGAGACAGGGACAGAGAUAAAGAAAGAGAGAGGGACAAAGAGCGGUCGUCAAAAGACAAAGACCGUAAGGUGACAGAGGAGAGGAGCAGCAGCUCCAAGAAAGAAAAGCACUCUGACGGUGAUGCAGAUACUGCCAAAGCCCCUUCAGAAGUGGAACCAAUGGAGACAGAGCCUGGUGACUCUGCCUCCUCCCCACUCUUUAACGGCCAGCAAGAGCUCCUCCAUUCUGAAGGUGACACUCAGUCCAAUUAAAACUGAUCUGAUAGGACCUCAGAUCAGACUCAGGUAAGUGUGUCCUCCUACCCAGUACCCCUUGCCUCUCAACUAAACUCACCCUUUCCCAUGCCCUCACCUCUCAUCUUCCCUUCCCACCCCCUCACCCUACCUCUCCUACCCUGUUUACGUUCAGUUCGAUGCCUAUGAUUUUGUCUUAUGUACUAUAUGCAUAUAUUUUUAUCCUGUUUUCAAAUAGUGCAUCAUAAGUAUGCACUGAAGAUGAAGGACUAGGCCCGAUGAAUGAGAAGAAGGUAGAAAACAUUCACACAAAGCCAAGAGGGAAAGGCCAGUGUAGCCCUGAACAAACGUGCCGGAGGUACCCCUCGUUUUGUAUCGGUUUUGAUACUUGUAGAUGUAUAUUUGUCUGUGGACAAAAUGGCAGAAAAAAUACAGUAAUUAGUCCAGUUUUUCCUGCCUGUGUUUACUUGUUUUUUUUUCCCCCUUAUUUUUAUUUAUUUAAAUUAAUUUACUUGGCUAUAGGAGUAUGUAGUAACUGAAAUUUUACAAUCCAUAUUUGGAGAAAUGCACUGUGUCUACAUGUGUGUGUAUAAUGGGGAUUUCCCCCCCAUCACUCCUAUUAUUUAAGAAAGCAAAAAGACAUGGUGUACAUACUUGUAGUUGUUAUGAUCCAAGGUAUUUGUGGAACCAAGCCAACAAUUUUCCUUAAUUCUAGCACAAAUGCCAUGGUUUUGUUGUCCAGCUUACUGUGCUUGAUAAUGCCAUGCAGUGUGUGUUUGGGGGCUGUUAUAGUACGGGGGGAUCUAACAUAACUCACUAACUGGCCGGUAGAGUUUAUGGAAUGAAUUGCAGCUGACUUCCAUACCUCACACAGCGUUGGUGUUGUGAGCGAGACCACAUGAGAAAAGGGCAAAUUAAAAAUCAUGGAUACUCUGACUCUCAAACUGUGCAGGUACUCACCCCAGGUACUCCUUUCUCUACCCACAUCCAUUUAUGAAUGCUGUUGCCUGUGUCAAAACAAACAAGGAAACCCUAAAUAAUAAUCGAGUACUUCUCUAAGAACACAUACUUUAAAACUCUUUGAUUGCAUAUGUUUUUGUUUCUUUGCUUUUCUCUGUUGACCUUCAGAUGUUUUUGAUAAAAAAAAAAACAUUUGACCAAUUCUUCAGAGAUUAAUUAAAAACUGAGGUGAUCGGCCUGUUUGAUAUACCCUUGCUAAAGUUCAGGUUCUGUCUGCUGUGUACUUUUCGGUUUUGCAUAAUGUAUCCUCUCUUAUUUCUUUGUUUGAUUGAAUAAUGUUUCUCUCAGUCUUAAAUUGGUCAUUUAUUGAGUUCACGAAAACAUAGUGACGGCACUGUGACAGUGGCAAAGGGAAUAUCAAUCUGGUUCAGUUUUUUUUAUUUGUCCUGAAGAUUUAAGGCUAGGUGGCCAUAUCAUAUGAAUUUGUUAGACUGAUUCCAAGUGCAUUUUUUUCUUGAAGCAUAAUGCUUUAAAAAAAAAAAUCUGUAUUUUUUCUGUUUCCCAUGUUGUAUUUGUACAUGGAUGCUAUUUAUGCCUUUUUAGAAAUUCUGUUGGAAAAACAUAACAUUUAUUUCAAUGUAGAUGUUGUUGUAUUCCUAGCAUUUUCUGCUGCAAACAAUUAUCCAGGGGUCUUGUCUAACAUUGCAUUGUGUUAAAAUUUUUGUUCAACAGGGGGAGCUGGUACAGCUGGUGGAAGAAGAAUUGGAAGAGUACACCCAUCAUUACCCAGAACCUGACACUUCGCUGCUUAAAAACAAGGUGAACCACAAAAGUAGUGGCUAAUUUAAUCAAGUGAACCGUGUAUAUGGAAAGAAAGUAGAUGAGUUACAGCUUGACGAGGUGUAUGUGGUUCAUGUAAUCUCUCUCGCCUCCCGGUCUAGAUGUCUGCCAGGCAUCACAUUAUACACCAAACAUACAGGAAGUUCAUAUAGGUUUUUGUUAUUCUUGAGAAAUUUUAGAUGUACUCCUUGUUUUUCUUUGUUUUGUCAUUUAGUGAAAAAAGACCAGUUCUUGUGGUUUGUUUGCAUUUUUCAGGUUCUGCUAUACUUCUGACAUUUACUUGAAAAGUCAGUUGAAAAAGCGUAUGUACAGUGUUAGUCCCAUGACGGGGUGUGUCCUCUCCUCCACUUUAGAGCUUGCAUUUAUUGCUCUUACUGUAAAUUACACUCACUAAAUUUUGAUCAAGGUCUUGAAGACUCGAGAUUUGUUUCAUUUGCGCUCCUUUUAAUGUUCGUAAUUGUCUUGAUGAAUAAAAAGUUUAAAAAAAA